GGGAAGCGCACCGCAGCCACACCGCGGCCCCGCGCUGUGCCCGGUCGCGUGUUCCCGCCCUCAGCUCACCCCUCCGCCAGCGCAGCGCCGCAGAGGCCAGCAGCCGGGCACGUCUCCGGGCAGCCGCUCGGUGCCCACCCCGCGCCGAGAAGAGCGUCGUGCGGUGCCGCGGCCGGGCAGCGAUGGCUCCGUGAGGCCGCGGGCUGCCGGGCCAGGGCCGCGUCCCGGCCGUAACCGGAAUGAGCCCUCUGUCCCCGUAUUUGAACUUGGACCCCAAGUACCUAGUACAGGAUACAGAUGAGUUUAUCUUGCCCACAGGAGCCAACAAAACUCGGGGCAGAUUUGAGCUAGCCUUUUUUACCAUUGGAGGAUGUUGUAUGACAGGGGCAGCAUUUGGUGCACUGAAUGGCUUGCGACUUGGCUUGAAGGAGACUCAGAAUAUGGCAUGGUCAAAACCUAGAAAUGUGCAAAUUCUAAAUAUGGUGACGAGGCAAGGAGCGUUAUGGGCUAACACUCUGGGAUCUCUGGCUCUGCUUUACAGUGCAUUUGGAGUCGUCAUUGAAAAAACACGAGGUGCAGAAGAUGACCUGAAUACCAUAGCUGCUGGAACCUUGACAGGAAUGCUGUACAAAAGCACUGGCGGAGUGCGUGGGAUAGCACGAGGGGGCAUUGCAGGUCUGACGCUUACUGGCCUCUACGCCCUGUAUAACAACUGGGAGCACAUGAAGGGCUCCAUCACCCGGCAGUCCCUCUGAGCAGGGCAGCCAGCGCCGGGCAGAGGACACGCUUGCACAGUCACCAAUCCAAUCACUGCGAGAUCUGUCUGGUGCCCCUUCCUAUUUUAUUUACAAUUAGUGUGAAACCGAAGGAAGCUGUGCUGGGAGGAACCUCUUGCCACCAUUUGGCUGGAUCGGUCCUUUCCUUCCUGCCAGCCACUUGCUGGAGGCAGCGAUAGUUGUUGGACCUGCAAGUGAGCGGAGUGGCCACCACGACAGUCUCCCUGACACGCUCACCAGCCAGCCCUGGGCCAGAGCCACGCGGCGUGCUUGAGUCCCAUUGCUGCGCCAGUUGCACUGCCAGGUCCAGUCAGAUGCGUGUGCUGCUGCUGCGCAAUAAAGGCUGUGUCCAUAGAGCCCUUCACUGCGGUCUGUCAGCAGCACCUGGGCAGCCGGAGCAGGUGGGAGCCUUCAGCAGCAACUGGCACAGGGCAGGGCUCGUUGCUCUUACAGCUCAGGGUAAGCUGUUAAAAGGGAUAUUGUAAUUAAUAAAAAGGGUGGUACUUAUGCAACACCUUUUCUAUGCUUUGCUGUUCCUGCUACCGUUGAGACAAAAAUAUCCUGCAUCCAGUGACUAGCAUUUACAGUUCAGCUUUGAAGGACCGUUGUGAUAGAGUCAUGAGGCAGUUGGGUGAGGGGAAGUGAUGGAUGGCUGAUUGUCUCCUGAUGCAUGGUGACAGCAAGGCACGCUGGGCAGGAGCUGACGCCACUCCCUGGCUUGUCACAAACACAGAAGUUGUGUAUGGAUGGAGGGCAGUAACCAAUCACUGUUGCAAGACAGCUGUCACUGGGUUAUAAAACACUUUGGUGCUCCAGGACCUCAGAGCUCGCUCAGCCAACCAUUAGAAACCAAGCAAUACAAGUACUCCUCUUGCUUGCUGUUACUGGCUUUUUAAUUAAUAAGUUUCUCUUCCCAGCCCCCAAGUAGUUCUUGUAGGUUACUGGCAAAACAGAGAUGUGAUGAAUCUACGCCUUUACCAGUGUUGAAGUGAAACCAUCUAUCAAGCUUUUUUUGUAGAUAAAUGGAACAGUAAGCUACAAAUCAAUUCAGUAGUUAAGAUUACUGUGUAACAGUUCAUUCCUUAAGUUUGUGAUUGAACAGGUCCAGGACAGGACAAAGGCAAGGAAAAAAAAUAGAAGAGAUACUAGUUAAUAAAUAACCUGUAAAGCUUUUGAUAAUUGUGGUACACCCAACAAAAUAGAAACAAAGUAGAAGAAAGGUAGCAGCGCUUUUCUCUGUCAAGAAGCCUCUGUCUUGAAGGAGGAGUCUUCACAGUUGCACUGCAUUGGCCUUGCUUGGCUGCCAGCUCAAAGCAGGUGCUUUACACCAGCUUUUAACUACAUCUAACAUAAAGCAAACCGUUCUUUUUUCAUCUCCUUUGUAAAUGCUGUUUCUUGUUAAACCUUAUAUAUAUUCCACUUCAUUCAGAGUGGGUUAUGUAUUGGUGUUGUGGUGUAAGGGCUGGACCUUUUAGCACGUACUCUUUAGGGUCAUGCCACUAAAGAAACUGUGUCCUGCUUGCAGGUGCAGAAAGGUGACUUGCUGUCGGUGGGCCAUGGGGAAGGUGCUUGCAAUUUCGUACAGAGCUGCUUUUUUCCUCCCCGUUGGCACUGAGGGUUCCUCCUGUCCCAUGUUUCUUGGUCACCUUUAAUAGGAGUUGUACUCCUGCAUAAUCAACAGUGAUAGACAAAGAAUUGUUGGCCACUUCUGGGGAGAAGUGCUUUUCAACUAUCUGGAACUUUGCAAGGUUUUGCAAAAAAAGUUUUGCUUUUUCAGGAAUGAAGUAUGAGCCAGGAGGUCUCUGCCCCUAGCUGAGGUGGGAAAGCUGUGAAUCUUGGUAAAUGGCUUUUUUAAUUCACGUGCACUGGGGAUAAUAUAGGAAUGAACUUCUGGGUUCACAGCUGCCACUGUCUGAAGGCUAGGCUGGCUCGAGGUAGCUUGCUUUGUUACUGUUCUGCCAUCACCUCCAGUCGCCCGGAACUGCUUGCCCUCAGGGCAGAGCUAAGUGUGUUUUUCUGAAGUAAGCUUUGUUUCUAAGACUGUUAACAGCUGUGGUUCCUAACCUGUUUGCAUACAGGGCGGCGCAUAGUUGAGCUAUGAAAUACAACCACAGCGGCAGCCAGCUCUGCGUGGGAUUUAGCUUGGAAUGCUGCACUGUUUUCACAUGGAGGAAAGGGGAGCAGUGGCCACCCAGUAGCAGCAGCAUGCACUGACAUACGUGUUCAUGUUUUAUGGCUCCAAGCUCUCCAAAGCAAAACUCUGCGUAAACUCUUAAGGAUUAUAGAGAGCAUCUUUCUCAUGCUUUAUGUGCAAGAGUUGCUGUGCUCACUUUUUACUGGUGACCAAUCAGUCACCAUAUAAAGCUGCUGCUUAAAGCUGUGACCAAGAGUAUGUGAGUUCAGUAGGAAUAAAAGGAAGUUGCACGUGUAGGAUUUGGUAUACAAACAUAGUCCUCCAACGGGGAAUUAUGUAAAUGUGGGUGUAAAGGACCUCUGCGGUCCCAAAGGGCUGUGUGCUCUGUCUGCGUGCUGUGCCAGUCACAGCAGCUGGUUUUGCUGAUAGUGACAGACACCUUUCCAUGCUGUGGCAGCAAGUGAGGGAAUCUGAGACAGCAGCUGUAAGGAAAGCUUUCUGAUUGUUGUGCAGCCACCUUUGUCUGUAGCCCGAAGAAAAGAAAAGUAAACCCUACUUCAGCACUCCCUAUCAGCAGAUGAGUUCUUGUACCAGGGGGGAAUUGGUUGAAGCUUCAUUGGUCACAAGGUAGCAACCUCAGCUUCCUCAGUGAAGCAGAAGCUGCUUCUGAAAACAGGAGGCGGAUGUAUGCCAGGGCAGCAAAAGGGAUCCAGGGCUUGCAGGUUGUUUCCUGACUUAACAUGGGAAUGUAAAAGAAUGGGGGGCAAUUCCAGUUUAGGUUUUAUCAGAUUUUGCCUCUCUGCAUAGAGGUAUAGCUAGAAAAUUAAUAUGCUUUAAAUGAAGCUUUGUAUACUUGUGUAUUGGCCUGCACUGCUGAAUGCCAGGCACCACAGUGACAUGGGAGACUACCACAGCCCUUUUUAGUACUCUGUCAUUAACAUUGGUAUUGCAUUCCACUUGGCUCUCUCUUCCUGCUGUGUAAUCCUCCUCUCCCUGCCCAGAUGUGCUGGCACAGCAGGCACAAGCCCAGGGACUGGGCAGCCUCACACCUCAGGAGCCCCGUGAGCAGCCUUGGUAUGGGGGUGCAUCAGCCCUUCACCAGGCUCAUGCUCUCCUGCUUGGGAUUGCCCAGGCCCUGCUUUCACCAACAUGCAUUAUGUGAUCACAAAGCAUUUGGGUUAUUUUGCACAAAAGCAAGUUAGGAGCCUUCAUUUAUUACACAAACUCAGCCAAGGGUGCAGGAGAUGCUUGCUGCAGCUUAGCUGGGAGGGGAUGGAUGAAGUGUCUGAGAAGACCCCGUUCCUCAGUACGAGACAUCAGCCUAACACAGUCAGCUCAUUCAAAGAAAAUCUUUCUGACUGCUUGUGAAACUAUGAAGUGCUCUCUGUGCCUGCUGUUUUGUCUUCCUUUUGUACUUAGAAGACCUGAAAUAAUGAUUUGUCCUUGUCUGUGAAAGCUGUAUGCUCAGGAUACUCACUCAGGAGUUCUACAUGUGGCUGCUAAGAGGUCUAGCCCAUAGACACAUACAACCACAUACGAAAUUCCAGGUAACUGGGUUGAAAGGCUGCCAGGCCCAGCUGCACGCUGUCACAGAAGAACGUUCUCUUUGUGGUACAGUGCUACUUAAAGGAAUGGGAAAUCCUCAGAGGAGAAGUAAAAUAUGCAACAAGUCUGACAUGCAAAUACAAGGAGAGCUCAAAAGCCAGCGAACCAGCUUUCAGUUGUGCAGCCAGACACAAUACAGAUACAGAAGAGGACAGAAGCGUAUUAAAAACAAAAUCCAUAAAUCCUUCAAUAUUCAAGAGUACUAAGACUCAGAAGACACCAUUUUGUCUAAAUCUGUGUUUCUUACAGCUCCUGAAUAAAGGCCAGUGCAUUAGCCAUA